UCAGCCCCGCCGCUUCCCCUGCCAACCCGCCCCGCCGCGCCGGGGCCCGACUCGCCGCGCCGUCAUGCCCGGCGCCCGGCGCUGCCGCCUGCUGCUGCUGCUGCUGCUGACGGCGGUGCCUCGGGGGCCGUGUGCCCCGGAGGGGCUCCGCUCCUCGCCGCGGCGGUGGCCGGUGCCUUACAGGCGCUUUGAUUACCGUCCAAAAACUGACCCUUACUGCCAAGCUCGUUACACCUUCUGUCCCACUGGCUCUGCCAUUCCAGUUAUGAAAGAAGAGGAUGUCAUUGAAGUGUAUCGAUUACAGGCUCCAGUAUGGGAAUUCAAAUAUGGGGACCUACUAGGACAUUUGAAAAUUAUGCAUGAUGCUGUGGGUUUCAAGAGCACUCUAACAGGCAAAAACUACACGAUGGAGUGGUAUGAGCUCUUCCAGCUUGGCAACUGCACAUUUCCACAUCUCCGCCCUGGCAUGGAUGCACCAUUCUGGUGUAACCAAGGAGCUGCCUGCUUUUUUGAAGGAAUAGAUGAUGCACACUGGAAGGAAAAUGGAACUCUUGUUCUUGUGACUACAAUAUCAGGAACCAUGUUUAAUGAAAUGGCAAAAUGGGUAAAAUACGACAAUGAGACUGGCAUUUACUAUGAGACCUGGACAGUUCAAGCAAGCCCUGACAAACAAUCAACAGUAUGGUUUGACUCUUAUGAAUGCUCUAAAUUUAUACUGAGAACAUACCAGAAGCUAGCUGACUUAGGAGCUGUGUUUAAGAAGAUACAAACAAAUUACACAAGCAUCAUUUUAUUCAGUGGAGAACCUAUUUAUCUGGGAAAUGAAACAUCUAUUUUUGGACCGCUAGGAAACAAGACACUGGCAGCAGCUAUAAGAGACUUCUAUUAUCCAUUCAAACCUUAUCAGACAGUCAGAGAGUUUUUUGUGGCUCUUCUAAAAAUAAUUGAUCAUGUCAUCUUGAAUCAUCAGUUUUACCUCUUCUAUAACUUGGAAUACUGGUUUUUACCUAUGAAGUUCCCUUAUGUCAAGAUAGUUUAUGAAGAGGUCCCUUUACCUGUUGGAAGCAAAACAUCUACUGGUGUGUAAUUGCUUAUUGAAAAACUGAACUUGCCCUUAUGCCAGAAUAUCCUUAAGGAUUUUGGAAUGCUGCCAUGCUGGUGUUAGAGUGUUGUAUGUCUCACUGUGAACUGUAAAAGUUGUGCUGAGAAGGCUUUGCUAGACCACAUGAAGGACUGGUAGACCACAUGAAGGACUAUGCCUUUUUUCCUUGUUACCUGUGCAACACGUUCAUGAACACUUCAGCGUCUCUGACUCGGCCAGCUCCUGUGUGACCAUGGACACCUGCUGCCUGAAGGUGGGCUGAUGUGGCUCCUCUUGGCUCAACUUGGCAGUGCCAGAGGGUGAACGGGAGGCAGCCCACUUGCUCUGGCCUCCGGCACUCCAAGGACAGGGCACGUGGUAACAGAGAGCACCUGGCCUCCCAGGGAGGUGGGACACAAGUGUUACAAGGCCUUUCUGGUCUGAACAGCUCAGCGCACCUGUGUGUUGGAGCUAACAAACCUGGGUGCCUAGAUGUGCCCAGUUUCCUCAACAUGUGCCUUAGUUGGGUGUUUCUGUACGCCUCUGGUGUGUACAGCUGGAACCUGUAAUCUGGUAUCUGGUUGAUGAAGGAGAUGUUCAGCAGGGUGGAAAGGGGUAGUGAAUCUAUUAGAAGAUGGCAUGGGUGGUAUCUUUUCAUCACUUCGUUUCCUUCACCUGCAAUGUAAAUACAAUACAGAGGGCUCUUCCUAA